AUGGCGGGCACUUCUGCAUCCGCCGGCCUAGGGCACGAAGUCAUCAAAGGUGUCUCAUCUCCGUUCCCCAUCUCGCCUAAACCCCAGCGAGGUUUAGGCGAAGAAUCCCGGCGAGAAGCCAUUGCCGAAUGCCGAUCGCGCCAUGGCCGGCGCCACCCACCACCUGCGCCCUCGCCCUCACCUCCUCCUCCUCCGCUCGAGGAGCUCCGGAAGGUGCACGGCUUGUUCCUCCGCUCGCCCUUCCGCGGCGACCUCCGGGUCAACAGCAAGCUGCUCGAGAUGUACGCCGGGUGCGCCGCCACGCCCCACGCCCGCAGGACGUUCGACAACAUGCCCGGCCGCGACGUGGACUCGUGGCACGUCAUGAUCGACGGCUGCUCCGCGCUGCGGCUGUUCGAGUGGAUGAAGGAGUGCCUGGCGCCGACCGGCCACACCUAUGACCAAUGUGCUUGUGCCAACUCGGAGGCGUUCCUUUACUUCGAUGCCAUGUCCAGAGACCAUGGCAUCCAGCCUGGUGCGGAGCACUAUGUUGGCAUCAUUGAGGUGUUGGGGAAGUCGGGGCAUCUCAACGAGGCUCUCGAGCCAAACGCCAUGGUAUGGGAGUCAUUGUUGAACCUGGCGCGUAUGAAUGGUGACAUGCUCGAUCCAUCCGAGGCAAAUCCUAAGAAGCUCCCAACCCCACCUCCGAACAGGCAACUGGGGAUCAACAUGCUUGAUGGGAGGAACAAGCUGGCAGAGUACAGGUUGCCACCUAAGAUUGAAAAGAAGGUGGUGAAUGAGCAGAGGUACGUCCCAGAUACAAGGUACGUGCUCCACGACAUUGACCAGGAGGCGAAGGAGCAGGCAUUGCUGUACCAUAGUGAGAGGCUGGCGGUUGCAUAUGGUCUGACUAGCACCCCGGCAAGGACUCCGCUUCGCAGCAUUAAGAACCUCGGGAUGUGCGGGGACUGUCACACUGCCAUCAAGAUCAUGUCGAGGAUCGUUGGGAGAGAGCUCAUUGUGAGGGACAACAAGAGGUUUCACCAUUUCAAGGAUGGAAAGUGCUCUUGUGGAGAUUGA